CCUGAAUUUCAAUUUCAAUUACCAAAAUCUCCGGCCUAUCAAACCCUAGACCACCCGGAAGUCACAACAACCAAGCUUUGCUCCAAAAAGCUUCGUCCUUUUUCGUCUUCUUCUCUCUCUAUACUUCUUAGAUCAGAAACCCUAGAAAUCCCUGCAAUUCCAGUCAUUGAUGUACGCCUACGACAACCGUUACGCCGACGCUAACUCCUACCGCGAGCGCCGAAGUGACCUAAUGGGUCCAGCGCCUGCGGCGGCGGCGCCACCGGUCUACGGCCGUGGCGGUGGGGUGGCCCCGUACAGGGGCCCAGCGCCUUCGUACGGAGGAGGCGCGGCUGGACCGGUAGGAGAUAGGAAUGGAUACCCUCCUUUCCAGCCCCCGGCGGGGCGGUUCAGCAUCGGCCGAGACGGCGGUGGUAGUUUUGGCGGGAGAGGCCGUGGUGGCGGCGGUAGGGGUUUCGAUGGAGGCCGUGGGGGUAGGAGCUCUGGUUAUAGUCGGGGAGGAGGGAGUUCAGGUUUCGGUGGUGGCAGAGGAGGUGGUAGACAUGGUGGUGGUUCAUCGAGAGGAGAUUUGGAUGGUAUUGUUCUUCCUAAGCAGGAUUUCGGGGAUCUGGUUCCUUUUGAGAAGAAUUUCUAUGUUGAAAGCCCCUCGGUGAAGGCAAUGUCAGAGCAUGAGGUUGUGGCUUAUCGAGGCAGGAGGGAGAUUACUGUUGAAGGGCAUGAUGUCCCCAAGCCGAUUCAGACGUUUCGGGAUGCAAGUUUCCCUGGUUACUGUCUUGACGCGAUAGCUAAGUUGGGUUUUGUUGAACCAACACCAAUCCAGGCUCAAGGAUGGCCUAUGGCACUAAAGGGUAGAGAUUUAGUUGGAAUUGCUGAGACUGGUUCCGGAAAAACCCUUUCAUAUCUGCUGCCAGCUCUGGUGCAUAUUAGUGCUCAGCCUCGAUUAGAUUCAGGUGACGGCCCUAUUGCUUUAGUAUUAGCACCUACUCGGGAAUUGGCAGUUCAAAUUCAACAAGAAGCUGUAAAAUUUUGUUCACAAAAUUAUAUUAAGAGUACAUGCAUUUAUGGUGGUGCUCCAAAAGGACCCCAAAUACGUGAUCUCAGAAGAGGGGUUGAGAUUGUUAUAGCUACACCUGGCCGACUAAUAGAUAUGUUGGAAGCUCAGCACACAAAUUUGCGAAGAGUGACUUACCUAGUUUUGGAUGAGGCUGAUCGGAUGUUGGACAUGGGAUUUGAGCCGCAGAUAAGGAAAAUUGUAUCCCAAACCCGACCAGAUCGGCAGACAUUGUAUUGGAGUGCUACAUGGCCAAGGGAGGUUGAAUCUUUAGCAAGGCAGUUUUUACGUAACCCCUAUAAGGUAAUCAUUGGAUCAGCAAGUUUGAAAGCAAACCAAUCCAUAAAGCAAGUUGUUGAAGUUGUGACCGAGUUCGAGAAAUAUAAUAGGCUGCUAAAAUUGCUAAAAGACUCAAUCGUCGGGAGCCGAAUUCUGAUAUUUGUGGAGACGAAAAAGGGUUGUGACCAUGUUACUAAGCAAUUGAGAAUGGAUGGAUGGCCAGCUCUGUCCAUUCAUGGUGAUAAAAACCAGGCUGAAAGAGACUGGGUCUUGUCUGAGUUUAAAAGUGGCAGAUCUCCUAUAAUGACUGCCACUGAUGUGGCUGCACGUGGUCUUGAUGUGAAGGACAUAAAAUGCGUGAUCAAUUAUGAUUUUCCAUCAAGCCUUGAGGAUUAUGUCCACAGGAUUGGACGGACGGGACGUGCAGGGGCAACAGGAACUGCUUUAACCUUUUUCACAGAGUCGAAUGGUAAAUUCGCAAGGGAAUUGAUCAAGAUCCUGCAGGAAGCAGGUCAGGUUGUGAGUCCGGCAUUGUCUGCCAUGGCACGAUCAUCUGGUUCUAACUAUGGAGGGGGGAAUUUCCGUUCGAGAGGGCGGGGAGGCUUUGGUAAUCGGUCUGGUUCAAAUAAUGUUCCUGUUGGUUACAAGAGACCUUGGUAGUCGCCGCUGUGAUGGAGGCAGCAUAUUUAUUCAGCAGAUCUAAACACAAGCAAACUUAGUAAAAUGAACGUGUUCUGUUUUUGAUUUUCUUUUUCAUUUCAUUUGUGUUUGUAUUUGGCUAGUGACCAGAAAUAAUGAAUUCAUAAUGUUCUUACAAAUUUGCUGCAAUGCCAUUCGGUGAUAUUUAGUCUAUUACAAAUCUUAAAUC